AUGACAACCAAAUUCCCUGACUACUAUGACCUAAAUUUAGAUGAAAGCAUAUAUCAGGCCUGCACCAAUGAAUACUUAAAGGAAUUUAGCCGAGUCUUCCUCCCCACACUCUACUGCAUUGUCUUUAUCAUUGGAUUCAUUAGCAACAGCCUGGUGUUGUGUGUCCUGGUCAAGAACUACAAAAAAUCCAACAUGUCAGAUGUGUGCCUCUUCAAUCUGGCACUUUCAGACCUCCUCUUCCUUAUCUCUUUGCCUUUCUGGGCUCACUAUGCAGCCAGCACUGAGUGGAUCUUCGGGGGCUUUAUGUGCCAUGCAGUGACAGCGCUCUACAUGCUGGGAUUCUAUGGAAGCAUCUUCUUCAUGAUCCUCAUGACUGUAGACCGCUAUGCUGUCAUUGUCCACAGAAAUAACAACCUCAUUCCAAAAUACUGGUCUGUCAGAGCUGGUAUAGCUUUGGUAUUGUUUAUGUGGGUACUUAUUAUGGGAGCCUCUCUGCCAAUUAUCAUUUUCUCACAAGUGAUGAACACAUCAAAUGUGUCAAAAUGUGUAGUGAUAUUUCCACAAGGGACAGAGUGGAUGUCUUCCUUUUACCUUCAGAUUAUUUUCCACUGGAUCCUUCCUCUGUCAGUGAUGGUGUUCUGUUAUUCGCGCAUCAUCCCUAUUUUAAUGGCUAUGAAGUCUCAGAAGAGAUACAAAGCUGUCAGGCUCCUGCUGAUCACAGUCACUGUUUUCUUUUUCUUCUGGGUGCCCUACACCAUUGUCAUCUUCCUGAAGUUUUUACAAUACUUGGGCUACAUGAACACCUGUCGGUUAUAUCAGGACCUUAACAUGGCUUUGCAAUGGGUGAAAAUAAUAGCAUUCAGCCACUGCUGCCUCAACCCCAUAAUUUACGGCUAUAUGGGGCAAAGAUUCAGGAAAUUAUUUCUCAAAGCAUUGAAUGAUUGGUUUCCUCUUUGUUUUGGCAAGCCAACAACAAUUUAA